AUGCAGAACCAAGGCCUUGAAGAUUGCAGCAUCUGCAUACGGGAUCAUGUGGAGGUGAUCGGAGAUGGUGUGGACUCGGUUUGCCUGACGGAGUUGCUAAGGAAGAAGCUUGGCUUCGCGGCCAUAGUAAAAGUUGAACAAGUGAAAGGAGAUAAAAAAGAGGAAAAGCCAACUGCAAGCUAUGUUCAGUAUUGUGCUCCGCAGUGUCCUCCAAUGUACCGUGAAGUGGUUCGUGAAUAUCCAGAGCCAACUUGCUCUAUCAUGUAA